UUCCCGACCCAGGAAGUGAACCGAGGUCUCCCGCAUUGUAGACGGACGCUUUACCAUCUGAGCCACCAGGGAAGUCAGGAAAAGGGGACUGCAACCUGUGAAGUGAUGCUGUGUCCGGCUGGCCAAGGGUAGAUUCGGCUCGGAGUUCACCGGCGCCGCCAAGUCUCCUGGAACAUAAUAAGCCAGGCAGUAAAGGGCUGAAGCCGACUACCCGUACUUCCGCCCUGCUUGGCCACGUGGCCUCCAGCCGGCCUGUCCCUCACAAUCUAGUCCUUCACCAGUUGUCAAUCAAGGCCCGGCAGGGGGUGCUUCCAGAGGCACAUCCAAUCAGGGACGGGGGUGGGCACGCUCGCCGACGUGAUGACGUCGCUGUCCGCUGCGAGGGCGUCCCAUCGCACCUACCUCGCGGGAAACUUGGUGUCCGCUUGCUGUCGCUCUGACCUGCCUGAGCCAUUGGGCUGCAGGGCCACGGAGAGAGCCACCUGAAUGCGCGGGGAGGGACUGAAAUGGACUCAGUGGUCUUUGAAGACGUGGCUGUGAACUUCACCCUGGAGGAGUGGGAACUGUUGGACCCUGCUCAGAGGAAGCUCUACAGAGACGUGAUGCUGGAGACCUGCAGGAACCUGGCUACUGUGGGUUCUUGCCCUCAAGUUAAGGUCAGUGUAUCAAGUCCUCAGUGGGAUGUUUUGGAGACUGAACUAUGCAUUGAACGGGAAGUUGUAAGAUUCACAAGAAAUGAUUCUAGAUCUGUUUUGGGAGAAAACUUGGCGUUUCAUAACCUACAAGAUCAACAUCUAACUCAGGAGAGGCGUGUGAGAAACCAUUUGGUGGAAAGUCUCUGUGAAGGUAAAGAUCAUCAAUCUCUAAAAACGCCGAACAGGAUUAUAGAUCUUACUGUGCAUGAGAGUUAUCAGACUAAAAUUCAGCCUCAUCAAUGCAUUACAUGUGGAAAAGCCUUCACGGAUCAUUCUUUCAAGAAGAAUCAGCAAAAAUCUCACAUUGGGCCAAAACCUUAUACAUGUGAGGAAUGUGGACAAACCUGCAGCUGUGUUUUGUGCCUCAGCCCUGCUGGGGAAACAGACUUUAUAGAGAAACCUGAUAAAUGUCAAGAUGCUGGGAGAGCAUCUAAGAGAUGCAUGAAGAGUCACAGUAGUAAACAAUCUUUAGACUGUAAAAAAUCUGGAAAAGCUGUCACUUUUCAGGGACAUAAGAGAGGUCAGUAUGGCCAGAAAAUCUAUGUGUGUGAUGUGUGUGGGAAAUCUUUCAGUUAUUAUUGCCAACUUAAACGGCACGUGAGAACUCACACUGGAGAGAAACCCUAUAAGUGCAAAGAAUGUGGGAAAGCUUUUACUGGCAUCUCACACUUCCGAGAACAUGUCCGAAUGCACACUGGAGAGAAGCCCUAUGAGUGUAAGCAGUGUGGCAAGGCUUUCAGCUGGUGUACUUACCUUCGGGAACACAUGCGAACACACAGUGGAGAAAAGCCCUAUGAAUGUAAGCAGUGUGGCAAAGCUUUCCCCUAUCUCAAAUCCUUGCAAGGGCAUGUGAGGAUACAUACAGGAGAGAAGCCUUAUGUGUGUAAUGAUUGUGGGAAAUCCUACAGUUGUCCUAAGUACUUCAGAAAACACGUGAAAACACACAGUGGAGUAAAACCGUAUGAAUGUACAGAAUGCAGGAAAGCAUUCAUCACUUCCUCAUCCCUUCGAGAACACAUGAAAACACACAGUGAAGAGAAGCCUUAUCAGUGCCAGCAGUGUGGGAAAGCCUUCAGGUAUCCGAGAUCUUUGCAAGGACACAUGAUAACUCACAGUGAAGAGAAACCGUACGAAUGUCAGCAGUGUGAAAAAGCCUACAGGUGUCUCAUAUCCCUGCAGAGACACAUGAAGAUGCACACUGGUGAAAAAUUCUGAAUACGAAGACUGGUGGGAAAGACUUCUCCCUUAAAACCUUAUAAAUGAAGCAGUCAAGGGGGAGAGACAUUAUGAAUGGAAAGAAUGCAGGGAAAGCCUUCAGCACUUUGUUUAUUUUGUACUUGAAAACUCAGGGUUGGAUGAAUUUUUUUAAUGGAAAUAAAUAUAGUUUUUCCUUAUAAGUGCCUCAUCCUGAAUAGGGAUCCCAGUGUGUUAAUUUCUAGUUCAUGUUGCUGAUCUGAACACUUAAGAUGGUAAUCAUCUCUCUAUGUUCCCAUCAUCUUUACUACUUGUGUUUUGUUACCUUGGACAUUAAAUAGACAAUUAUAUA